ACAGGACCCGGGACCCGGACCCGACGAUGGCGUUAGCGGUGCUGCUGCUGCUGGAGCUGGCUCUGUACGCCAGCUGCUUCGUCUGUGGGAUUGUUGCCGCCGCCUCCAUCACCAUAGUCCAGGGGGACUUUGGAGGCCGCUGCAUGCUUUAUGGACUGGUGAACUACAACGCUACAGAAAGCUCCAUCGACGUCCAGUCCUCCAGCGCCCCGUCUCUCUGCUACUUUGUGUCGGCCAUAUCAGUCGUAGUCGCGGUGGUGUGCUUCUCGCUGUCUCUGUACUGGGUGUACACUUGCUGCAUCGACGGGGAAAUCAGAAGGGAGCGCGUGGGGAUGAACCUGAUCAUUGCUGUGAGUGGCGUCUUCCUGUUCUUCCUGCUCAUCACGGGGUGCAUGCUGAAGAUCGGACGUGACUCGCUCUGCAACUCGGUCAUACAGAACGUUCACAACGUCACCAGAUGUGAAGAGGCCCAGGCCAGAAAAUGGGUCAGUCCACUCAAUGGGGAAAGGUUCUACAGCAGUCUUCACAAAGCCGAGACAUCAGUGUGGGUCAACUUCUUCUUCUGGCUCAUCAUCGGGGUGCUGGUGCUCGUACAGAGGCGUCAGAGUUCAGGGCCGAAGGCGAUUGUAGAGGGGUAUGAAGGGUACGGCGGGCCAGCCGGGGGGCUUUUCAGUGAUGCGGGGGUGACGGCUGCAGAGACAGAGCCAUUUUUCAACAAUCCUGCGAGGCCACAGUGAGGACGGGGGUCACAGAUGACUUACAGAAACACACAUACACUAGCACAACACAAUAAUGUGUGAAAAAGGGUGUAUGCUAUCUUGUAUUCCAGGGAAUACUCAUAUAUUUUUGUGAGAUAACACAUGAUACUCGGAGUAGCAUGUAUUUGCCAAGGGUGAUGCAACACAUAGAUACAAUAGAUGCAGUGACUCCCGAUGAGGAUGGGAUUCGAACCCACGCCUGCAGAGCACAAUGGAUUAGCAGUCCAUCGCCUUAACCACUCGGCCACCUCCUCUGCCUGACUCUGGGUCCUGAUCCAGCAGUCCUCUAAAGCCUCUACGUACAUCUAGGUACAUGUACCCAUUUCCUAUAUUUACUUAUGAAAGCCUCGUCAGAUGUCUAACUACUGGGUCACACAGAAAUUUGCGUUUGUUGUAUUUUGUUCAUAAAAUGUAACAACAAAUGGGAGAAUGCUAAUUGCAGGCAUUCAUUCUUUUUAUUUAAUUAAUGUGAUCAGAUUUAGUAUUUUGUAUGUGUUUGGCAGAUGUGUCCUAUGUAAAACAUGUUUUCCCUCAUUUUACAAAUUAUUGUAGAUACUCCUCAACAGCUUCAGUAAAAAAAAACACAAAAGUAAAUCUUUGAGAAGUUAGGAUUCUGAUUUUCCACUAUGUGCCUAUGCUAGUUCUAUUUCUGUAUUUUUUUCUUUUGUAGUUACUGAGUUAGUGUGACGUUGAGGCCAAUCGUCUCUGCUCUUCUCUUCAUUUCAUUUCACAUAGUUCAGUGUCACUAUGUGAACUAAAGCACUGCUUGAAGAAGCACCUGCUACAGCUCCAAACAAUAAGAAUGACAUUAUAGCAGAAUCACAAAAGGGUUUAUUGUCACAAUAAGUUCUACUGAUGUGGAAUUUGCCUUAGUGCAUACAUAAACAAACAUGAACAACAUAUUACACAUUAACGUCAAAUAACCAAUACAUACAGAAACAAAUGUUUACAUACAAAAUAACUAUUGAAUGAGGAAAAAGAGGCUGAAAGUUCCAUUAUGCAACAAAUAAUUCAGAUGAUUUUUUUUACUUUAAGGUAUGACACAUGUGCUCCCAUCCUGUUACAUCUAAUAUCCUGGUUCACUUAUAGGGGCUCAUCAAAUCCUAUGUUUGGGAUAUUGCACCUUACCUAAAAUGGCUGUAUGUCAACAUAUCAAUCACUUGGUUUGUGAUGCCAUUUGACACUUGGUAUGCUAUUUUUGUUGCAACAAAUAAACCAAAGAGUUAAAGCACAA